AUGGCACCUCGUAAAUCUAGAGAAACGAAAUCAACUGCACCAUCACCUUCACCAGCUCCAUCCGCAGGUAGAUCAAGAGCGACUAGAUCAAAAUCAAGUAAAGCUCCUUCUGAAGCUUCUUUACAGGAAGCAGAGAUCACUGAAGAAUCUGAAAAUAGUACUGAGACCGAAGCCGAGACAGAAGCUGAAGCAGGAGAUGAUGUUAAUGGAAAUGGAGUGGAUGGAGCGGAAGAACCUGAUGAUUCUACUGAGGAUGUGAUUGACAAUGCAGAUGUUGACGGAGAAGGUCAAGCGGACAAUAAGAAAUUGACUAUGCAGGAAAGAAUGGCAAAGUUGAAAGAUCUAAGAAUGAGAAUGAAUCAAACAACCGCACAAAACCGUAAAGAUUUAAUAGCAGAUCAUCAAAAAUCAAAGGUGACAGCUAAAGAAUUAGUUCGAUUGGAAAAACAAAAGAAAUUAGCUCAAACAUUAAGGUUAAAAGCCGAAGCUGAAGAGAAUGGUGAAGAUUUAGAAAGAAAGAAAAAUUGGGAAUACUCCAUUGAAGAUAAUGAACGAUGGGAAAAGAAGUUGGAAGAGCAAAAAGUAAAGCAGGAUACUCAUUUCCAUAACGCCGAGGACGACGCACAUAAACGAUAUAACCGUAAUAUUCGAUCUACCAAAGUAGAUUUAGCGACUUAUGAACGACAAAAAGAAGCUGCAUUAGGUUUGGCACCUGGAACAUUAGUCUCUGCCGGUGGAUCAUCCAACGCAUUAGCUGGAUCAUCGAGAGGAGGUGGAGCUCUGACUGCUUCCGAAGAUCUAUAUAGAGGCGCAGAUACCCUAGCUUAUGGUGAUCACAAACCAUCUGAAGAUGCUCUAGAUAGAGUUGCCGAUAAGAUCAAUAAAGAUAUCGGCAAAUACGGUAAAAGAAAGAAUAAGAAAGACGAUGAGGAUGAUGAAGUCACUUAUAUCAAUGAAAGGAAUAAAGUGUUCAACAAGAAAGUCGCUAGGUACUUUGACAAAUAUACCAAAGAGAUCCGUGCAAACUUCGAGCGAGGAACUGCUUUAUAG